AUGCGCACAGAGUCUAAUCCUAUAGUCAUCGGUGAUGACAUUGCUUCUUCAGACCCAGCUUUUGGCAAUGUCGUAAAUUAUGUCAACGAGGAUAUCCAGGCCGAGCAGCCUCGACUCCAGUUAUCUCGACUCCAGUUGCUUCGGCUCCAGUUGCCCCAGCUCCAGGUGCCUCAGCUCCAGGUGCCUCCAGCCAACGAGCUUCGAGCGUAUCAGUUCAAACUUGAGCAGAUUGCUGAACAGCUCGCUGACCAGCUUCAAGCCGAUACCGAGCGCCAGGCUGAGGACUUGGAGUCUGAUACAGAAACGGAGAUUAUGACUACACCGGACUUCUGGGAGAACUUGAUAGAUGAGGAUGUUCCUAUCUCAGCAGACGGAGACUUUAUCACCGAAACAAAUCCCAUCCUCGCACCUCCCGAAAGCUCGGUGCAUAAGGAUCUAGAAGGGCCCUACACCCCGGCAGGACCACCCGCACAUUCUCUUAACUUGGAUCACAAGCUAUCAGAGCCGACUAGCAGUGAAUCUCUUAUGAAAUGCCGUUAUAUCGGCAAAGAGACACAAAGCGAGAUCUUUUCACAGGGACAAAGAGGUAACCUUUCCGUCGGCGAUAUUAUAAUUCAAGAGUUAUUAAUAAUUCUUCUCUAG